AUGUCGACAUCAACUGAUGCAAAUAUAACCGUAUAUUGGAAUAAUGCUUCAUCUAGUAUGAAUCGUUAUUUUUCAAUAUUUCUUUUUCUUUUUGGUACAAUUGGAAAUAUUCUUAAUAUACUUGUUCUAUUUCAACGUGAACUUCGAACAAAUUCUUGUUCAUUUCUAUUUCUCAUAUCAUCAAUUGCUAAUCUUGUUGCAAUACUUUCCGGUUUAACAACACGAAUGUUAUCAGGUUGGGCUUUAGAUUUAACAAAUACAAUUGAUUGGUUAUGUAAACUUCGUGCUUUUAUUGUAUUUGUGUCAAGAAAUAUAGCUUUAUUAUCAAUUAUGUUCGCUGCUCUUGAUCGUUGGCUUUCAUCAUCUAUUAAUGUUCAUCGUCGGCAUAUGAGCACAUUAAAAAAUGCACAGCGUGCAGUCAUUCUUCUUCUUAUAUUUUCUAGUAUUAUUUAUAGUCCAAUAUUUUACUGUUAUAAAGCAAAUCUUAUUAAUGCUCCUCUUAAAUGUUAUGGUGAAACCAAUAUUUGUCGUAUUUCAAAUGAUUUAAUUUAUGCAUGUUGUACAAUAUUAUUUCCAAUUUUACUAAUGUCUCUAUUUGGUAUAAUGACAAUUACUAAUAUUCGUCAUGUACAAAGUCGUGCCAAUAUGACAAAUUCUAUUGAACGAUUACCAAUAUCAAAGAAAAAAAAAGUAGAUCGUCAACUUUCUCUCAUGCUUUUCAUUCAAAUUAUUCUUCUUGCUUUAUUUACUCUUCCACAAGCUAUACAAAAAUUAUAUUCGACUAUAACAGCAAAUCAAAUACUAACGCCAGCACAAAGUGCUUUCAAUAAUUUUCUAUUUAAUUUAGUAUUAUUAUUAACUUAUGUUGCUAAUGGAAUGCCAUUUUAUAUUUAUACAUUAAGUGGAGGAACAGUUUUUCGAAAUGCAUUAAUACAAUUGUUUCGAAAACUUAAUCAAAUACAUCCAUGA